AUGAUAGCCUGGUCCUUCCUUGAGGUGCGGAAACCUGCUCAUUCAACUCUGUUCCAAAUGACCUUGGCCACUGUUCUGAUGGCCCCUGUUCUUGGGAGACGAUGCAAAAACCCAGGCGAGUUGGUCAAUGGGAAAGUGGAAAUUCAGACUGACCUUUUGGUAGGCUCAAACAUAGAGUUCAGCUGCUCAAAGGGCUACCUUCUGAUUGGCUCAGCAACUAGUCGGUGUGAGGUCCAAGGUAAAGGAGUUGACUGGAGUGAUUCUCUCCCAGAAUGUGUAAUCGCCACGUGUGAGCCCCCUCCAGCCAUCAGCAAUGGGAAGCACAGUGGUAGAGAGGAAGACCUGUUCACAUUCGGAUCCAUAGUCAUCUACAGUUGUGAUCCCAGCUUCACACUCCUUGGCAAUGCCUCCAUUGUCUGCACUGUGGUGAACAAAACAGUAGGUGUUUGGAGACCACGCCCUCCGGCCUGUGAAAAAAUUGUCUGCCACAGGCCACAGAUUCCGAAGGGGGACUUGGCCCCUGAAUUUCAACAGUUUUAUACGUACAGAGACGCUCUUGAGAUUGGAUGCAAGAAGGGUUUUGUCCUCAGAGGCAGCAGUGUGAUCCACUGUGAAGCUAAUGGAGAGUGGUAUCCUUCUAUCCCCACCUGUGAACCCAAUGGUUGUGUUGAUGUACCAGAUAUUUCCUAUGCUUCCUGGGAUGAAUAUAAGUUCCCAUUAAGAAAUUUUGAAGUAUUUGAAAUUGGGGCCAAAUUGAAAUACCAGUGCAAGCCUGGUUAUCGAGCAAAUCUUAACGAUUCCCAGAUUGUGACUUGUCAGGAAAAUCUGACCUGGUCAUUUUCCAAUGGAUGUGAAAGGAUAUGUUGUCCAACACCAAAUAUGAAUAAAAUCAAAAUUGUAAGUGAAAGGAGAGAUUUCACGGGCACGUGCAUCUAUGCCUAUGGAGACUAUGUUUUCUAUAUUUGUAACGAAGGUUCUUACCCUAUGUCUACGGAUGGAAGGAGUUCAUGUCAAGCAGAUGGAAAGUGGGACCCUGCAAUACCAUCAUGUCAACCAGACUCAAGCCUGCAACGCCAUCUUGCUCUCUCCUUCCCAAACAUAUCAGAAACCAAUAUGACAAGCAAAACCUAUCCAUAUGAUAAUGAAGAAAACUCAACAGAGAGUUUCAUUAAAGGCAUGUGUCCCAAACCAACGGUCAUAAACGGAAACCUGUCUGUGGAGAGAGACCUCUAUGCUGAAAUGGAAAAUAUCACCAUUCAAUGUAAUCCUGGAUAUAGCUUGGUUGGCUCCGCAAACAUCAUUUGUUCGGAGAACAGAACGUGGUACCCUGAGAUACCCAACUGUAUGACGGAGGUCCCGGAAGAAUGCAGAAUAGUGAACAAAGGCAGAAAACUCUUGCAGUGCUUCUCAAGCCCAGAAGAUGUGCAAAGGGCCUUGGAGGUGUACAAGCUGCUUCUAGAGAUUGAAAAAAUGGAACAUCAGAAAGAGAAGUGGGUAAGGUUGAACAGGAAACCUCAAUAUACGAAAAUAAACGGGCCCUUUGGGCCUUUCGGUUAAUGGACAGAAUCUCCACACAGCAGCUGGGCUGACACUUAAGCACUGCCACUCCUGUUAAGAAGUUUCUGAGCCAGAAGAACUUAGGAUGUAUUUUUGUUUUUGAAACUAUAUCAUUCAUUAGUGUCUAGCCAUUGUGGUUCAAUUUGUCUGCUUGGCUCGACUCACUGAAAUGGUUAAAUAUAAACUGUCAAAUGUCAAA